AAACCAUCAAAGAUAUCUACAGCACUCAAAAAGAGCAGGAAACAUGGAAGUGGAGCAAAUACUUCAUAUGAACAAAGGGGAUGAUGAAACUAGCUACGCCAAAAAUUCCAAAAUUCAGUGCAAAAUACUAUCUAUCACAAAGCCAAUCAUCGAGGAAACAGUACUGAAAAUCUUAGCUCAUAUGCCAAAAAGUUUCGGCGUAGCAGAUUUGGGUUGCUCAUCUGGACCAAACUCCUUGCUACUCGUUUCAGAGGUCAUGGAUGUCAUACAUGCCGAAUACAGUCGCCUGAGCGAGCCGAGCCUCCAGUUCCAGUCAUCAACACUGGAGUUUAGAGUGUUUCUCAAUGACCUCUUCAGCAACGAUUUCAACACCAUUUUCAUGUCACUGCCCGAGUUCUACGACAAGUUCAAGCAAGACUUCAAGAAUUCUAUUACUAGUGAUGAGGGGCGCCCUAACCUCUUUAUUUCUGCUGUGCCUGGUUCUUUUUAUGGUAGACUAUUUCCCACCAAGAGCUUGCACUUUGCUCACUCUUCCUCUAGUCUUCACUGGCUCUCCCAGGUUCCCCCUGGAUUAGACACAGCCUUGAACAAGGGGAAGAUCUACAUAUCUAAGAGCAGCCCAGUAUGUGUAUUUGAGGCAUAUUCACAGCAAUUCCAGAAGGACUUUUCUGUGUUUCUGAAGUCUCGCGCUGAAGAAAUCGUAUCGGGAGGACGAAUGGUCCUGUCAUUCAUGGGAAGGCGAUGCUCAGACCCUACAACCGAAGAGAGUUGCUAUCUACAGUGGGAGCUGUUAGCUCAAGCAUUGAUGACCUUCGUUUUAGAGGGCUCUAUUGAAGAAGAAAAAGUUGAGUCAUUCCAUGCUCCCUACUAUGCUCCAUGUCCGGAGGAACUGAAUUUGGUGGUACAAAAAGAAGGGUCAUUUGUAGCCGACCGCCUUGAAGCAUUCGAAAUCGAUUGGGAUGGUGGUGCUGAUCUUGAUGAAAACACUGAUAACAUAACCAAAGAGACCAUAGCAAUAAGCAGCGGCGAGCGAGUAGCGAAGACGAUAAGAGCCGUGGUGGAGUCGAUGCUCGAGUCUCAUUUUGGAGAAGAUCUUAUGAUGGAUGCCUUGUUUCAGAGGUACGCAGAGCUCGUCAGUGAUCGCUUAUCAAAGUCUAGAAACAAGUACAUCAACUUGGUCAUUUCACUGAUUAAGAACUAGCUGUAGCUGUGUGCAUCUGUUGUAAUUCAUUUCCAGAUCAUUCUUGGAUUUCAUGGACAUCUAUCAGACUAGCUAUAUAUAUGUGUGCGUGUGUGUUGUUUCAAUUCGAUCCGAUCAGUUGUCUAGAGAGUUAAUAAGGGAAGAAACAUAUUUGAAAUGCCUUAUUUUUUCAAAGACC